GCCAAUCAGGCGGCGUCACCAUGUGUGCAGAACGCUCGGAGGAUUCCAAAUACAUUUCCCUCCCCCGUUCCAAAUGCGAACUCCCCUCUCCCUCCUGGCAGGGGUGCAGCUAAUAAUAAGCGCUUCGGGGAGGCUUUAUAAAGGCGGCGCUGGAGGAGGCAAGUGUCAUGAGGGUGGCAGGGCAGCGGAGCGGCGGCCGGGCAGCGUGAAGAGGCGGCUGGCGGGUGCUUUUAUUUUUGGGAGAGCCGCUGGUGGUUUUCUUUCCUUGGCCGUCGCUGCUGCGGAGCUGGAAUGUUGCAAAGGAGCUCGCGGCAGCCAAGCUGAUCAGCGGCAGCAACGGAGGCAAGCAGCGGCGAGCCGCGAUCGCUGCCCUGCCCGAGCUCUCCGGGGCGAUGAAGCGGCGCAAGCUGGCCGUGGCCGCCGGCUUCUGCAUGUCCUUCCUGCUGGGCACUUUGCUCAACGUCCUCUUCAUCCCGGCCUUUGAUCCCCAGCAGCAACAGCAGCAGCAGCUCAGCGCGGGCGUCACGCACUCGCUGGCGGGCUCGCCGGGGGAGGCGGGCGGCAGCAGCAGCAGCAGCAGCCGCCCCCUCCCCGAGGACCUCGCCCGGCAGAUCCGAGAGCGCUACGAGGAGGUGCUGCGCUACCAGCCGCCUCGGGAGGCAGCUGCCGCCGGCGCUCGCCUGGCAGUGCGACCCCUGGAGCGGCGGCUCAUGGAUCUCGCUCCGCAGCGGCUCUCUUCCUCCUUGUCUUCUUCUUCCACGGAGCGCAGCAGCAGCAGCCGCAGCCGCCCCAAGCUGCCCGGACCCCGGGCUCCUUCCUGGGGCGGCGCGCCCUGGGACCACCCGCGAGCGCAGCUGGAGCUCUCGCUCGGCCCGCUGGCGCUCGGCUGCCGGGACAUCGGCAACGUGAGCAACGUGCACUACCUGGGCUCGGGCUACACCAAGGCCGUCUACAGAGCCGUGCUCAACCGGAGCCUGGCCGUGGCCCUCAAGUCCGUCGAUUUCGGCGGCCACGACAUCGACAACUGCGUCAAGCUGUACGGCUCCUUGGAAGGCUGCUACCGCCUGGCUUCCUACAAGAUCGCCAAGGAGAUGGUUUUGUUGCAGAGGCUGCGACACCCCAACAUCCUCCAGGUAAAUUGGGGGGGGAUCCCCGGUGUGAAGAAUUGGGGGGGGGGAGGUAGAGAGACGCAGACAGACACACUGGUUUUAUUCUUUAUUAAUUGUGUGAGCAAUUGAGUGGAGCAACCCAGUUAAACCUUGGGGUUGGAUUUUUUGUUGUUGAGAUCCUGCCUUAUUCAUGGGCAAAAUUGUUUAGACGUGAAUUGCAUUAGGAAAAAAAGGGGGAAUUUUGGGAGGGAAGCCAUUGUACUGCCAAUUCCCGGCGGGGCUGUAUUCUUUGCUUCUGGAAUAAUGAUGUUUUAAUUGGGCUCUCUUGGAACUGGCUGGUUUGUGGAAGGAGAGUUAAUCUGCACCACAGUCCUCCUGACGCGUCAAGUUAGGGAAGUUUACCAGCGCGGCCGGCCACGUGCGACCUCUCGCUGUUGCUGCUCGCUCCUCCCAAGGCGAAGAUGGCACCUAGGUGUGAUUGGGGAUCGAGCCGUCUGGCAGCAGAUCCGAGACCCGUUUGCUUCUGGAAGCUCGCUUGCGAUCUGUCCGAAGGCAAACAUGCGCUGCCAUGCUCUCCAACCCAAGAUUUAUAGUUCUGAAGCCCAUUUUGGCCACCGAUGAACUUCAUUCGGAAAUAAAUCCUAGAGAGAUGAUAUUUUGGGUGUGUGUGACAGAGAACUCUCUGAAUUUGCACUUCCAGGAAAAAGUGAAUAGGAUCAGGAUCAGGUAUCGUGAUUUUGGCUAGACUGCUUUCCCGAUCCUCGAGACCUAACGCUGUUUCCUCACAAGGAAGUCCCAGUGAGUUUCGUAGAACGUGUUCUUAUCCUUGAGUCCGGGCAUAAACUGUAGCCUAAAAUAUUGGGCGAACGAAGCUUAAAGGAACUCCAUGAGAUUUGCUUCCUUACGUUAAUGUGCCAAUUAAAUCGCUUUGAUUAAUCCUCAGGUAGCAGUCCUAAACGCGCAGACUUGGGAGUAAGCUCCAUUGAGUUCAAUGGGACUUCCUUCCGUGUAUACAUGCAUAGGAUGUUGCCGUUCCUCCGUGUGUUUUGGGGUCGGGAUGCUUGAGACAGCUGUUCUGGGGGUAUUUCCCCUAAACUUCGGAAAUUCUAAUCCGAUGGGGGAGAAUGCUGGAUAAAUCAGAAAUAUUUGGCUGCUUUUAUUGCGUUAGAGAGGGCGGCAAUCCUGAGGAAGCCCAAAUUGGAAAUAUUCUAGUGGAUUUAAGACCUCGCCUCCUGUUAAAUUUGCUUAAAAAGAGAGAAGAAUGGCCCUAGCUCAUUGGUACAGUCUGUUUUGCGCUCCAAAGGUCUUUAGUUUAAUUCUCAGCAUCUUCAAGUAGAGCUGGGGUGGGAACCGCGCCUGAAAUGUUGCAGCUCAGUGUGGAGACAAUAUGGAACUAAAUGGAUCAAUGGUCUGCCCUGGUUUAAGGUAGCUUUGCAACACAGAGAUACACAGCUAGCGAGGUGGAGGCUUAGAAGAAAUUCUGUCCAGAGCAGAACGUGCCAAGUUUGGGAGUCGCACAGAGUUCUUUAUCUGUUGCUACCUGAUGAUUUGUGCUGUGUUAAGAGCCUAAACAUUUGGAUCAAGAAGAAAACUUGAGGAGCUGGGGUAGACAAAUAGGACUUUUCUCACGUCGAUUGGGGGAAACGCUUCUUGGAAUGAAGUUCUGACAAAGCCGCGACGGUGGCAGUCAAACCCGCGAGUACCACAGUCGUGUAGACGUGAGCUGGCGACGUGUUCUAGCAGCAGAAAGGAGGCAGAGACGUGUAGAAACCGCAACCAGCUCUCCGUUUUAAUCUCUCUCUGAGCUGGAGACAGGGGAGUGCCAGAAACGCGGGAGAAAUCGGGCAAGCUUUCAGCAGCUCUAGGGAGGUUAGGCGUCGGGUCGAAUCGGUGUGGACCUUCUCUGAGUUCACAGGUCCGCCACGUCGGUUCUCUCAGUAGCGCGGCGCGCAGUGGGAUUCCGCCCGAGCUUGCACGAUUCUGCUUGCACGGCGGCACAAGAGCGCACCCGGAGGACUAGCGCCGUGAAUGCCUAAUUGGAACAGAUCCUUGGCUUUUCGCUUAAUGGAGAGAGCCGAGCUGCAGACUCGGAACCGCUAAGCGCUCGCUUUAAGUUGUGGGUAGUCAACCGGGUGUCUGCGUUCAGCAAGACACGGGGCCUCGAUAACAUUCAGCCGCAGUUCUUAGCCGACGAGGGCAUCGUGGCCGAUCUUAGAUCGAGCAGGUUUGAAUCGGGGAUUUUGAAUACUCGUAUUAGAAAGAACCCCUUUUCCUUGCGGAGGUCAAGCCUCCCGAUGGUGCCCGAAUGUCUGUUCCCGGUGCUCCUCGGGACAGGGAGCUCAUACAUUCUCCAUUUUUGUGCAAAUAUCCAUCAGUUGAUGUCUAUGGGUAAUAAAUCACACCGUAUUCUGGAAAACUGAAUCACUUGCAAACUUCACACACACACAAACACACCCCACCGCGGAUGCAUUAAAUCAAGCCUUCACUUUCUCCCGUUGAAAUGGCAUGGGAUCUGAAAACGAUUAAGCUGGGAAUCCUGUUCCCGUUUACUCGCGAGUAAACCCACCGGAAGUCGCUAGGAGUUCGUAUGCGAGAGGAGCUUUAUAGCUUCUUCUUCUUUUUUUAAAAAAGACCACCCGCUAUAAUACACUUGUAAUACAGAACCACCAAAAUAAAAUCCUGGCGAGUACGUGUGUGUGGAGGGGCAAUCUGUCUAAACAAGAGUCUUGGCGGCCUCGAUGCCAAACACCCCUUGCUCUGUAACAGGAGGCGGCGAUCGGCAAAGCAGUUGAGCAAGAGCCUGUUCCCAUCGGCUUGGGUGCCCCUGAGAACAGAGACUCUAGCCUGUGUCUCUUCGGAGGAACCAGACAGGCUUCGCAAUUUCGAAUCUAGGUGUUUUGACCCGGUUUGGCAAUCGCUUCCCGCUCAGGAAGGAGAAAGAGAAACGGCUCAUAGCUGCGAUCCUGCCAGAGAGGGGGUGGGGAGGGCGGCGAGGAGUCGGGAGGGGAGAUGACCCGAGAGAGAGAGAGAGAGAGAGAGAGAGAGAGAGAGAGAUCUCUCCCCUCUCCAGAAACAGCAGCGAGAGGAGAAGGAGGUCUCUGUUAGCAAUUUUGACUCGGGAGCACAUCAGAUUGGUCUUGUCAAAAGCGCAGACAAGGCAGUCGAUGGAGCUUGACAGCUAAAGCUUCCCUCCCCAUCCCCCUCUGUUGUUGUUUUUAAAGAGGACUUUGUUUCACCUUGUGUUUCUCGCUGGAGAUGGAUGUGCGCAAGUUCUUCCGCUUUGGGCCUGUCGACAAAUGUCAUAUUCUCAGAUAAAGUAGAGAGAGAUUGAGACUCCCUGUUUGUACCCCUUCUUCCCUCCCCUUGCCACUGUUUGGCUGCCAUCCUAUGCCUGGGAAUAAUCCACAGUGAAUCUGCUGAUGGGUCUUGCUUUCCAAAUCAACAUGCACAAACCUGACUGUAAACCCCUCUUCUCUCUCCCCCCCCCAAGCAAUACCCCGACAGCCUCUCAUUCAGUUACAUUUCCUACACAUGAUCCCUUUUCAGGUCCUUGCUCAGGACAGAGCCACGUCUUUGAACUAGCUCCAGUUUUGAGAAAAAGUCACGCUUAAGGCAAAUUCUAACCUGUCCUUGGGAAGGAGGUUUCGCUGAGUUGAAAUGGGCUUACCCCGAGGAAUACCAACCCUAGAGAAUUCCCAGAGGCCAAUUUAUUGGGGCUGCAGGGUCUCUCCGACAGCCAGGAUCCGACUUCAUCUCAAGCUGUAGCCAUCGCUUUCAGGCCUCUUUAAGGACUGUGCUUGUUAACAAGAGCUUAUGUGGGCUUUUCGGUGGGGUGGGGGACCCACACAGAAUUUGGCUGGCCUCCUCGCACAAUGAAAGCUCGGCCUCUAUCAAAAGCCGGGCAUUUAGCCUCUCUCUCUGUAGACACCCAGCCGCUCUGCAGAAAAAAGAUUUGUUUUGAGCGAGUCUCUUCCAUUAGGCCCAUGAAAAUUAGAGGAGGCGCAAUGAGCUGUUCCUCUUAUUUGUAAUUCCAUGGAGCACGUCUCAGAAAUGCCUAUCUUCUCUUCCCCCUCCCCAGUUCCUUUUGUGAGCAAAUAUCCUGAUGGGGAGGACCCUGAAAGAGAAUCAAGGGCCAUCCAGCUACCUCCUUUCAGAGCCUCUUUCUCCCGCCUUGGUCAAUUACAACUUCAUGGAUUAAGUGCCACCCCAAUUAUGAGUAAAUUUCAUUUAAAUAAUCAGAACCAUAUUUGCCAAUGGGGUUUAGAUUGCUUUGGCUUCCUUGCAGGCUCAGUAAGGCUUACUUGAGCAGGAUCCCCAACACACUGGAGGGAAGGCGGAUGUGAAAUAAGAAAAACCGCCAGCAUAAUUUCAUUUUUAAAAAUCCUGGUGAAAUGCAGACAAGCACUAAAUGCUUCCUAAGGCAUUACAGGCAAAGCAUCUGAAUAAAAAGGAAGCCAGUAGAUCUAGCUGGAUAGUAUCGUGGACCCACUCCCACAGAUAGAUCUAUUGUUGUUCUGAGCGCUUUUGAAAUAGCUUUUUCCGAGGAUGUUUGGGGUAGGACCAGAGUGCGGCUCUCUGUUUUGUGUAUUCAAUAUUCAUGCUUUGAGAACACCCCCCCCCCCCGCCAAAGGAUUUCAGUCAGCUUUGAGGUUGUAUCAAGCUACAAAUGUACUGUGAACAUUCCAGUCUGAUUCUUUUCUGCUCCAAAAUAGUGAGCAGCGACCUGUCUAGAACCCUACAGAAGAAUGCUCUCGAGCAGCAGUGCCCAAAUGCUCCCCUUUCUGCCCACGGACCACUUGAAAAUUACUGGGGGUCCUGGCGGACCACUUAAAUAUUUUUCUGCCCUUUGUACCAACUGCAAUUCCUUAGACUUCAAAUGCAAUAUAAGAAAGAAAAGAAGCAAUUAAAAAGUACCUUAAAAAUUAAUAUCAAAUAUUCAGUGAAAUGGAUGUGCCCAUUUCCCAGCUUCAACCACUGAUCUGCAGGCACAUUGUGUGGCCCCUCGAAUGAAGAUUGUAGGCACAGUUUGUGAGCCUCUGCUUUAGAACUUCCCAUUUUUAAACUGAGCGGGAUUUAAUGGCACGCUCCAACAAACAAACCCCCAGACAAGCCAAAAUCCAUUUAAGAGUCUAGAAGGCUGAAUCUGUUCUGUUCUAGAGAGGUUUUGGAAUAUGGUUUAAGUGCGGGUCUCAUUCCAUUUUAGCUUUAAAGUGGAUUUUCUUUUUCAACUGGGCUCGUCUCCAUGCUGGAAGCUGGAUUCUGCAAAGAUGCUAUGGAGAACCCUGCUGGAUUGCAGCAAAGUUCCAUCUAGUCCAGAAUCCUAUUUUGAAUGCUGGCCAGCCCCAAUAUUUUUGAGAAGCACCCAGCACAGCCCGAAGCCUCCUGUUUUAAUUGCUGCACUGUUGCCUUAGUGUAUAUUUUAAUUACGAAUGUCUAUAUCUUAAUCUUUGUGCAAUUGGUCUUUAUAUUUUGGAAGCCAUUUAGAAGCCUAUUUUUGGCAUCAACCAGUAUUUCAUUAAAUACUACUACUAUUACUGCUAAUAACAAUGAUGAUGUUAAAGGCAGAAACCCCUGCAAACUGUCUCUCCACUUCUGCCUCAGCAUAAAGAGGGUCCUCUAAGCUCGGAGAUGCCAUUUAGGACUGCCUGCCUUCAUCUAAGCCUAUCUGUGUUUAAGUUUUUAGGAAGCUGCUUUAUGCUGAGACAGACUGUCUGUCUGUCAAGCUCAGCAUUGUUGACCCUGACUGGCAGUGAUUCAGAUCAAGGGACCCUCCCAGCCCUACCUGGAGAUGCCAGGGAUUAAACCUGUGACCUUCUGCAUGCCAGGCAGAUGUUCUGCCACUGGUCCUUGCCAAGCCUUCUUCAGAGGCUGCCUUCUGUUUGUUCCCCACAUCUGAAUUAAGGUGUAUACUAGCAAUGAGAGAGGCAGGGCCUUCUUGGUAGUGGUGCCGUUCACCUGGUGCCUGCUACUCUGUCCAUCUUUCCAGUGCCAGUGGAGUCGUUCAUAUUUUCUAGACCUUUUUAAUGGUUUUGCUUCAGUUUAUCUUAUUUUGGUUUUACAUGUUGUUUUCCCCUUCCCUCAGUUGCUUUUAUUUUAUUUCUUAGAAAACCACCCUGUCAAAAAAAAAAAGAUGCAAUGCGAAUAUUAUAAUAUAAACACACAAACAAAGAAAAAUAAUAAUAAUUUGAACAAUAAUGAAUAUUAGCCUCUCCUUCAUGAAUUUGUCUCAUUCUUCCCCAUCUGAGUUUCUGGCCAAGACUUCCAUGGAUUAAUUUUGCAUGCAUUUGUGUGACAACAUUUCUUCUGCCUUAUAAUCUUAGUUUCUGAUUUCAUCCUCUGAAGUGAAUAAUGGCAAAACCAGCCUCUUGCAAAAAGCAUCACUUCACUGAUCUCUUUAUAUAAAUUUCUGGGAAAGCUUGAAACUCCAUCCCUUAGCACCCCUACCCCAGGCCCUUCUGACUUCUGAUUUAAUUUUGACAGGAGGGGACAGGCUUUCUAAAUAAACCCAACCUGUUUAGGCGAACUUCCUAAAGCAAAGCUCUUAGUGUCCAGAGAAAGUGUAGAGAGCUUUCAAGAACAGAAGCUCAUUUUCCUUUUACUGCUUCCUUGAGUGCAGGGAAUACACUGGAGACCACCCAUUCUCCUGCUCUUCUCUCCAGCUCAGCAGCACAUCCAUCUACGGUGAGUGACAGGUUGCCAUGGGCCUCCAAAGCAUUAGUGAAUUAGCCUAUUUAUCCACAAAUAGCCCCUUAUUCUGGAGCAGCCUGUAAUCUCCAAUCAGAAAUCAGAACUCGUGGCUUGGAAUCUCAGUGUGUGUGUGUGUGUGUGUGUGUGUGUGUGUGUGUGUAUAUAUAUAUAUAUAUAUAUAUAUAUAUAUGAUCACUCAACACAAACUAUUUACCCUUUCAAUUCCCUUCAAGCAGUACUGGCUCCAGACAAUCCCAUACAUGAGUUUUGAAAUCCACGUGGCAUCCUUCUCUUCGCAGUGAAAAUAUAACAGUAAAUUCAGUGGCAAGUUGACAUUCUUUCCCCAUUUUUGGAUCAUUAGAAAGCUUUUACUGUUUCUGAACGUGACAACUCUUGCUCCAUUGGUGACCCAUGCCUCUGGGAGGUCAAGGCUUGAUUAUUGCAACACAGUUUCUGUGGGGCUGCCCUUGAAGGCGACUUGGAAGCCUUCUUACCUGGUGCAGAAAACUGAUGCGUGCCUUCUGAUACUUAUCCUGUUCUAUGACAACUACCAGUUUGCUUCUGGGCCCAAUUCAAGGUGCAUGUUUGAACUUUGAAGGCCUUGCAUAUCCUGGGACUUUUUUUGUCUCAAGGAUGUUCUCUCUCUCCCUAUAAUCCACAUGAGUUCACUCACCUGUCAAGGUACAUCAUUGAAUAUAUAUGGGCUGUCUAUAUUUGCAGGAAGAACAAACUAGGAUGUCUUGGGGCUGGGUACUCACAGCGCCAGCUCCAAAACUGUAAUCUCCUACCAACAGAGAUUAGACUGGCUUCAAGAGCAGUUUCGUUAGGUUGACUUUUGGCUGAAUACUUUUUCUGUGAUUCUUCACAGAAGAGUGGAUUUAUUUUAAAUCCAAGCACCUCUUUUGCCAGCUGGGAAUGGCAGCAGAUGAGGGGAGGCAGAAAUUUAUUUAUUAUUAUUAUUAUUAUUAUUAUUAUUAUAAAAUUUUAUAUACCACCAUAUACCCGCAGGUCUCAGGGUGGUUCACAGGAUUAAAUCAGAAUAUAAAACCGCAAAAUACAUUAUCAAAAUAAAAGCAAAACAACCCAAUUACACACCCCCCAUUUUAAAGGCAUAGGAUGUCAAUCAACCAAAGGCCUGGUUAAAGAGGAAUGUUUUUUGCCUGGCGCCUAGAAAUAAGAAUGUCACAUUAUGCAAACAUGGACAAACUACUUUUGUUUUUCAGCUGGGGUGCAGACAGGCAGCUAAAUGUCUGUUUUUGACUCUUGGGGUUUUUCCUUAAAGGUAAUAAUAGCUAGUUCAUAUUCUAAAAAUAAAGUGCCCCCCUUUUUUUCUUAAAGCAUUUAAUGGGAUAUAAAUAGACUGAAUGCACAAAUGCUUCAGAACAGCUGUUUAAUUUAUAAGAAAAUGUAAUUGAGUGAUUGAUUACAAUUUGAAUCAGCAUGGAUGCCUUUAGUCGAAUGAUGACCCUAAAAUGUAAGGAAACUGAUUCUUUUUUUUUAGUGAGUUAAAAAAAGGAAAGAAUUCCACCAUAUUUUCCCUUUUUGUGUACUAAAUUUUGACAGGCGCACACAUAUAUAAAUAAAUAAAAGAAAAUAAAUAAGCAUUCGCCUUCAGGAGUCCAGAUGUGCCAAAUGAGAAUGUAAGGAGAACCCCAAUGGAUCAGUCCAAUGGUCUGUCCAGCCCAGCAUCCUCUCCUCCCCAUGGCCAAUCAGAUGCCAGUGGGCAAGAACACCCUCCCCACUUACGCUUCCCAGCCACGGGUAUUCAGAAGCAUAUCGCCUCCGACACCAGAGGUCACCCUCAACCAUCACAACUAUGCCUGAUUAAGGCUAGCCAUUGACAGUUUUAUCCUCCACAAUUUUGUCUACGAAUACCUUUUAAAGCAAUUUGAGUUUGUCAGCAUCCCUGCCCCUUGUUGGUAGCAGACCCUGUGGCUUAAGUGUGCGCUGUGUGAAGAAGUGCUUUGGUUUUGUCUGUCCUGAGUUUUUCAACAUUGGAUGGCCAGAGUUCUAGUAUUAUGAGGGAGAAAAACAUAAUUCAGUUGAAUCACGCCUCUAUGACGUCCCCCGCUUACUUGCUUCCUUUUCCCCGAAACUAAACAAGCCCAUCCCUUUUCUUAUAAGGGCGCUGCCCCCAGCCCUGUGGACACUGAGAAAAUCAGAAGAAACACAGAGAACAAGGUGAAGGGAUAUGGGGGAGAGUUCAGCUGUGGAAGGCCUGUCGGUACCCAAAAAUGUUUGAAAAGAAAAUACAUGAGCUGGCUUGCCCCCUUAUAACUAUUGCUUCUAAAUAACAAUAACAACUGUUUCUAAAUAAGAACAACAAAAACGUGUGUGUGUGUGUGUGUGUGUAUGCGCGCGCCUUAUGGGGCAUUUCAAGUUGCUUGUCAAUUUCAAUUCCUCCACAUCUUGCACCAAGUGUGGUUCCACCCCCGCCAGCCAUUGUGAUGGGCAGGUGCAGAUCAAAAUGAGAAUGUUGUUUGUUCUGGAAUGAAGGGAGGUGGUGGAGGAGCAGCAGCAGCGGAGGAGAGUCUCUCAUUCAGGUUGAUUUAAUAAUGAGGGGCAUUUGAGAAUGGGGGGGAUCUGGGUCACUGACUUACUGUAUCUGAAGAUUUAGAAGUCCCACUAAUUGCUUUGCAGCCCUCCUCCAUCAAACUCCGCUGAUGGCCUGUCUAUCUCUUUUCUCCUGACCUGUAAGUGGGGAGGGGAGGGGGGAAGAAUCGCCAAAGUCCUGGAUUUUUAUAUAAUACUGUGGAAAACAGCAGGCAUAUUCAUAUAUUGACUCUCUACCUGCUGCCACCUCCCAGUCUGGAGAAGACAGAGAAAUCCUUUGCUUGGUAACUGCAGUAACUUAGCUGUUAAUUUCAAACAAUGGCUGUGAUUGUAAAGAGACAAUAGCGAUGUUUGAUUUACUGUAAUCAAACAUAAUUAUAAGCCUCAUGUGGGCUCAGCCGGUCAUAAACAGCUCGUCUCAAACAAUUCUUCUUCUGAUGUUAGCGCCAACUGGAAGGAAAGCUGAUUGUAACCGUCAAGGGACUUUGGAAAUGUGGGGUAUUUCUCUUAGGGUUCUGUUCACCCGGUAGAGGCUCCCUGGGAACGGGGUCUGUCCAACCAGCUCUCUCAUUCCCCCCCCCCCCACACCGUGUAGUGAAGGCUUUAUUGGAGGUGUGUGUGUGUCUUUGGUCAUGUUGAUAAAAAUGAGCUUCUACUCCUCUGUUUCUAGCUUUUAGGGGCUGAACUUGGCAAUCCUAGAUGUAUACAUCUGGAAUGUUGCUGGCAAUGGGAAAAAAUGGAAAAAGUCAUUUUAACAUGUGAUAAUUUUUGUCUUUAUGUGUUUAUUUGGUGUGGUGGUUUUUUGUUUUGCUGAAAGCCUCCUUGGGGUACAUAUUAGUACAGGCAUCCCCAAACACGGUGCUUUAGCUGUUAUGGACUACAAUUCCCAUCAUCCCUGGCCACUGGUCCUGUUAGCUAGGGAUGAUGGGAGUUGUAGUCCCAAAACAGCUGGAGGGCCGAGUUUGGGGGUGCCUGUAUUAGUAGAAUAGCUACUGAUUAAAUAUGAUAAAUGUUUUUCUGAUUUGCCAGUAAAGUCACACACAUAGGGCCCAGUCCAACCACAGGUUAGAUAUCAAACCAUCUCUCCCCUUGUGAUGUCAUGGAUUUGAGAGUUAUCAGACCAGUAGAUGCUGAUUCAAAUCUCUGCUCAUUCAAGAAGGGUGAGGAUAAAUCACCAUCCUAAUCUUACCUCCCAUGGUUACAUGAGGACAAAAUGGGGGGGGGCGUGAUGCCCCAUGUUCUGCUUCGACCUCCUUGGGGAAAAAGCAGGAAACAAAGAUGCUAAAAGUAGGUAAUAAUGUAGUUAAAUUUUCUGUGAUAAGUAACCAUGAAGUUAAACCUACUGGAGCAUCUGCAGUCUUCUUCUUCUUCUUCUUCUUCUUCUUCUUCUUCUUCUUCUUCUUCUUCUUCGCUGUUUUGUACUAACUCAUGAUGGCCCCAGCAGAAGAUUUCUCACUGAGGGUUGGUUGUCUUCUUGCUGUGGACAAGACAUCUCAAGGUGAUGCAUGUAUCCAGCCAGAUGGGCGGGGUAUAAAUAAUAAAAUUAUUAUUAUUAUCCUGGUUGGUUCUUGAUGGAGGGUGGAGCAAGGUGGUGAGGUCAAAGCAAUGCCACCUUCUGGCAAUUUGCUGGAGUCCACCACGGUCCAAGGAAGGUUGCUGGAGGGGGCUGGCAGGAGACAGGAGGUGGGUUGAAGGAGAAGACAGAUGCAGCUUGGCGUGGAAAGAUGAAUUACACAAAGUGCUUCUUUCUUGCGAGAAUGUUUCCCCAAAGGCCCAGAUGUUAUCCUGAGCCUUUAAGAGUGAGGAAAGGAUCUGUUAGCAAGAACUCUGCUGCUGUUGGAAGCCCAGAGCUGAUACAAUUGCAAACCAGCCAUAACUAUCCGUGUCAUUAUUAGACGAGUGCUGGAGGUCUCUGCUGUGAAAGGGCUGGACUGCAAAUUCUGGCUUAGGGGGAAAUUGGGGAAGGCGAGGUAGUGUAGUUUUUAAGAGGAAGCAGGUAAAAAUGUACACAAUAAUGUUGAAUAAAAGGCUCCACCUCCCUCGCUUUCCAAACUGCCCUUUCUCAAAAUAAAUGCAGCCCAAUUUAUCAAGUUGCAUCUUUCGACACCCUCUAUUAUUCAUCUCAUGUAAAUCACUCCCUAAGAGGUCUGUUCCAGUUUGCUGUUUCUUUAAUAGGAGCGGGUGACAACUCUCAUCUGCUUUUUCUUCAAAAUCCUCACCACAAAAGGCCUGUUCUUGGACCCGUUGUGACUAAUUUCAGUACCCUUUCGAAACAACUGAGGUUUACAACAGAGGGCAGUUUUAUGUCGGAACAGGCCGAUGAUGUAAAGGGUGCAUCUAAAGAUCUGGUUGAAGAGUCAUUCCAUUUCGCCAGCCCGGGAACACUGAGCACUGUAGGAAGUUAUGCAAGGAGAGCCAGGGAUUCCUAACUCUGAACUCUUUGCACUUUCACUAUGGUCCUGUCUACGCUACACAUUUAAAGCAGUAGAAUACUGCUUUAAAAUGACAUGGUUUCUUCCCCCAAAGAUUUCUGGGCGUUGUAGUUUGUUAAGUGCAUCCAUACCCAAUAGAUGCCCACUUGACCGCUUCAGUCUGCUGAACUGACACUGUUACAACUGCUAUGUAACACUCAUUCCACAUUUGUAAGAAAUGAGUCUUUCAGUGUGGCAACUUUGGAACUCCCUGUCUAUUGACAUCAGUCAAGCGCCUUCACUGUACUCUUUCUGGCACCUGCAAAAACCUUUUUCAUUUUGGCAAGAUAUGUAGAAUGCCGGCAGGUGUUUUAAGAAGUUAUAUAUGUAUUAUUAUUAUUAUAUAUAUAUAUAUAUAUAUAUAUAUAUAUAUAUAUAUAUAUAUAUAAAUAUAAUGUUUAUUGUUGGUUUAAAUUAUGUUUUAAAUAGGUAUUUUAAACUAUUUUUUACUGAUUUCAUCCUUGUGUUUUAUUCUUCUUGUGAACUGCUUUGAAGUUUGUGGUCCCCCCCCCACAUUUAAGUGGCACAUACAUUUAACAAAAUUAGAUAAAUUUGAAAUGCUUCUUGGGAAGCAAUUCAUAAAGUAAAUAGAUUUUAUUUUAAUAUACCUCCUCAUGGUAUUGCUUGUGAGGAAAAUAGCAUGUUUUUCAGGGAACAGAUAAAGCAAAGGUACCUAUGUUGGUCUGUUAGAGAAGAACUCAAAAAUGAAAAUCCACAGCUUGAGUGAUGACUUUUAUUAAGACCAACCAAACAGCAGCCACUGCUAUCAGGUGACACAGAAGUUGCCCAGCUGUGGAUUUGGGGAUUUUUUUUCCAGGGGCACCAUUUGAAGUUGUGAUUAUAUUUUUUGGUGGGGAGUGUGCCUUUGUGUGUAUGUAUUUGUGGCAAACCUGUGUAUUCUUUAAGAUGCAAUUUCCGAAAGCGUUGUGUUAAAAACAUUUGAUGCAGUUAUUAUUAUUUUUUAAUGCUUCUUGGAGCAGCAGGGAGAAAAUCUUGACGAAUAGAAACAUGUCUUAUAGGCUUUUCAUCUGCUGCUGUUGACUACAGUUAAUGUGAUGCUGUUUAACUGCUCUUUGUUAGCUUUCCUUUUUUGUGAUCUUUUUUAAAAAAUAAAACAACAACAACCCAACAACUUAUUUUUUAUUUUAAGCCACCUUUUUAGUUUGAUUCCCUCUUGGGAAAAGUAGCAGAUAAUUAUCAAAAUAAAGAAUGUGAUCUGAAAGGCCGAGUCGGGCCAAAUGUUCUCGCUCUUCCCUAACAACAUCCUUGCAUCUUCCAGAACUUGGCUGCUUCUGAGCCAGCAUGGCACAGUGGUGGAGUAUGUGAAGUGGAGUAAUAGAAUAUUUUUCAGUGGCAUUUGCUAAGCCCUUUAUUCAAACAUUCGGAAGGGCUGUGGCUCAGUGCUAGAGCAUUUGCUUUGCAUUCUCUGGCAUCUCCAGUCCAGGUAGUGAUUGUUGGAAGAUUCAGGACAGAUAAGAGAGAGGACUUCUUCACACAGCACAUUGUUAAACUGUGGAACUCCCACCCACAGGAGCCAGCAACUUGAAUGGCAGUUCUUUGCUUCCACCGUCAGAGACAGUAAUGCUUCUGAAUAGCAGUUGCUGGUAUUCCACAGGAGGGGGAGAGGACUCUUCUGCUUGAAUCCUGCUUGCAGGUUUUCCACAGGCAUCUGGUUGGCCACUGUGAGAACAGGAUGCUGGCCUAGAAGGGCCAUUGGCUAUUUUUAUGUUUUUACGUUAGGGCUGCCACCGGUAUUGCAGCCAGGCUAAGCAGGGAGGCAGGGAGUGCCCAGGCACAGACAACCAAGGUGUCCUUCUGUGGCUCAGAUUGUGAACCAAUCCGGAGGAGAACUGGGGCUCAGCAUUAUGGGGCAGGGCAGAUUCAUAGUGGUUCCUCCCCUCCCUCUGGAAUUUGUCAGACUCCCUAGUUCCAUUAUUCCAUAAAGUGCCACUGGAAUAAAUGACGCUUCCACAGUAACGUAAGCAAAAGGCAGGCGUUCCCCAUUGAAAUUUACACUGUGUGCCAGUGUGUAUUUAUUUUCAUUUAGCAAGAUUUUUUUGACCACUUGAUCAAAACUGUCUAAGCUGUGUACACAACUAAACUGUCAGGAAACACAGCUAAAAUACACACAAAACCAUUGAUGUAACUGUAUAUAGUAACGAAAACACAUGCAGAUAAAAUCUGGGAAACAUUUAAAACUAGUAUAAGUAAACAAAUUAUUGGGGUGGGGAUAUCUCUCUAAGUAGGCCCAUUGAUGAUGAUGAUGAUGAUGAUAAUAAUAAUAAUAAUAAUAAUAAUAAUUUAUUAUUUAUACCCCACCUAUAUGGCUGGGCUUCCUCAGCCACUCUGGGCGGCUUCCAAAAAUAUAUAUUAAAAUACCGUAAUACAUCAAACAUUAAAAGCUUCCCUAAACAAGGCUGCCUUCAGAUGUCUUCUAAAAGUCUGGUAGUUGUUCUUCUCUUUGACAUCUGGUGGGAGGGCGUUCCACAGGGCGGGUGCCACUACCGAGAAGGCCCUCUGCCUGGUUCCCUGUAACUUGGCUUCUUGUAGUGAGGGAACCGCCAGAAGGCCCUCAGCGCUGGACCUCAGCGUCCGGACAGAACGAUGGGGGUGGAGACGCUCCUUCAGAUAUACUGAAUAUUGAAAUUAGUGAAUUUAGCUUCAGUCAUGUCUACUCUGAGUAUUUAUUGUGUUUUUAUCCAAGGAGCUCAAGGUGGCAUAGAUGACUCUCCCCCUCCUCAUUUAAUCCCCACAGCAACCCUGUGAGGCAGGUGAGGCUAAGAAGCAGGGACUGGCCUAACGUCACCCAGUGAGCUUCACGGCAGAGUGGGGAUUCGAACCCUGAGUCUCCCAGGUCCCAGUCUGGGGGUUUGUUUCAUUUGGGGGAAGAAAGCUGAGGGGUUAAGUCAAAGCAUUUGUGGAUGUAGCAGGCUUUAAGGUUGGUUUGGAAGAGAAUUCCUAGGGGAAUUCCAGGCAUUUGGAGCAGCGAGGGAGAGUGGUCAGAGGCGGUAACUAGAGCAGAACACCUCCAUGCAGUGCUGGGUUGGAUUAUAGGAAAAAUGCCUUUCUGUGAAUUAUUCUGGACUUGCAUCAUCCUUGCUACAUAGAAGCUGGCUUUUAACUGUUUCUCUUUUUGGAACAUUUUGUCCCUCCCUCUUCCUCCUCCUCUCUGGGCAUAGAAAAGCAACACUUUUGCUAAGGCCUUUUCUUGGCAUGUGUUCUUUUCGACAAAUCCAGCUUUGGAAAUCUCACUUAAGCCAGAAAGGGUUUUCUGUUUGUCUAUCUCUACCCAUUGACGACAGCUUACUAGGGGUCUUUUAUUUUGUGUUUCGAACAUGUCGGGUUUUGUGUCCUGUCUGACCUUUGACUUCUGUUUGGGCAGGGGGCGCGUCUGAAAAAGGGUUUGUUCUCGUCGCCGUAAUUUGUCGUUCUCUCCCACCUCCAAAAGAAAUCUGAAGGAGCGGAAAAGGCCUGGCUAGUGGUGCAGCGGUAAAAUGUGGCAGAUAGACACUGCUUGGAUGUGCCCAAGGAAGAAUUAGAUGGGUGGGAGAAGCCCUGAAUUUGAUGCAACAGAAAGAGGUGGAAAUGAGACCCAUAGUGGUUAGAGUGAGGUCGAGAGGCCAGAGUUUGAACCCCCACCUGGCCAUGAAGCUCACUGGGUGAUUUGGGACCAGCCAUAGUCACUCAGCCUAACCUACCUCACAGGGUUGUUGUGUGCAGGUAAAAUGAGGGGUAAAGAACUGUGUUUUCCACCUUGAUCACAUUGAAGGAAAGGGUGGGGGAAUAUACAUGCAAUAAUAAUAAUUAAAUUAAAUUAAUAAGGGAGAGAGCGAGCGAGAUGCAGGUUUGCAAGCUUCACCCCCUGGAAUUUGGCCCUUGGAAGACUACGCCCAACAAAAUGCAGCCCUCUCCAGAACAAAGGUUGACAAUCUGGGGUCUGGGGUCACUGCAAAUGGUGCACAGUUCCAAAGGAUUUUGCCUUCUUCACGUUGUUGUAACAAGUACCGUUUGGCAUUGAAAACUGCUACUGGUAGGAACCACUGGAAUUAAUGGCUAAUCUUCAUGCUGUUAUAUGUAGGCCUCCAUCCCAGAAUUGGCAUCACUUUUAAUUUGUCUUGGUGGACUCCAGGCAACUCCUCAACACAGUUCCCACUGCUAAUGUUCUUCUUUUCCCCCACCUGAAAGGCCAGCUGCCUCCUGCUUCUGUUUGACUUUUGCUUCUUUCCCGCUUGCUUGGCCUAACACUCUCUUCCCAGUUCUCCGCCCCAGAAAUUAAGGUGUAAGAAAACUGCCACAAGUACAGAUAUGAUGCCAAAGUGUCUAUUGCUGGUUUCAGUUUCCUCCCCCCCCGCCCCACUUUUAACAUUCCCAUUUGUCCGAUGCUCCCUUUCCUAAAAGCAGUGUUUUGAUGUGCAAAGGCACUUAUUUCAGACAAGGAGUAAUUACUUCAUACAACCAUGCAUUUUUUGAAAGGCUCGGUUUCCCCAGACAAUGACAGAUCUCUGGCAUGGGGUUGCAAGAGUCAAAGCUGGUGAACGUUCAUUCGCACAUUUUAAAGUGGCAGUAAGUCCUGUGCAGACUUAACUGGGAAUAAGUUCCUCUGGAAACAUUUGAUUCUGAGUAAGACAUCUAUAGCAGGGGUGGCUAACCUUUUUUCCAAACUGGGUGCCACCUUGAAGCUUGAUCAGUCCCCCAAAGGGCUGUGUGUCAAAAUGUGUGUGGCCAAAGUGUAAAAGUAGGUAGGGCAAUAAAAAAGGGGGACACACACAAAAAACCCCUUUGUAUAGCAUUGCACGGUAAAAUUCUCUUGCUAUGACAGAAGGAAAGAUUGUGGCAGCUUCUCCUUCCCUUUUUCUCCCUGGUUCUACUGUCCAUCUCCUCCAAUACAGCGGUACCUCGGGUUACAUACACUUCAGGUUACAGAGUCUUCAGGUUACAGACUCCGCUAACCCAGAAAUAGUACCUUGGGUUAAGAACUUUGCUUCAGGAUAAGAACAGAAAUCGUGCAGCAGUGGCACAGCAGCAGCGGGAGGCCCCAUUAGCUAAAGUGGUGCUUCAGGUUAAGAACAGUUUCAGGUUAAGAACGGACCUCCAGAAUGAAUUAAGUACGUAACCAGAGGUACCACUGUACAGUCAUACCUCGGGUUGAAUGUGCUUCGAGAUUAGCGCAUUCGAGUUGUGCUCCCCGGCAACCCACAAGUCACGGAGCCCGUGACUUCCGGGUUUCACUGCUUGCGCAUGCGCAGAUGCUCAAAAUAAUGUCACAUGCAUGCGCAGAAGUGCCAAAACGUGACCCGCACACGUGCAGAGGUGCGGACACGGGUUACGUUUGCUUCUAGAUGCGAAUGGGGCUCCGGAAUGGAUCCCAUUUGCAUCUAGAGGUACCACUGUACUGUUUAAUUGCUCAGGAUUGUAAAUAGGCCAGACUGCACUGAAAUAUCUAAAUUAGGGGUGGCUUAUACAUGGGCCGAUUCCGACUCCCCACUUUUUUGUGCACUCCCAAGACACCCCCUUCCCUCCUUUUUUAAAUGGCUGCUCCCAUGGGUCCCAUGUUGGAAUCAAUAUCCCCCAUGCCCUGCGCAAGAGAGAGGUAUUGUCAAGCUUGGCAAAAUCCUGAGGUUUAUGGGGGAAGGGGACUCCCGCAACAGCUCAGUGGGACCUGAGCAUGGUCAGUGGUCUCAGAAUGCUAUCUGAAUGUUGAGGGAGGCAUAGGAAACCAAGAGGGGGAAGGAAUGGGCUGGACUGAACAGGAAACCCUGCCCACUGCAAGAUUUUGUUGUGGGUCCCCCUUGUUUCAUAUUAUGUUGGCAAACCGUACCAAGGACCUAACUUUUGAAAAGGUAGGAUAUAACCGUUUUUAGAAAAUAAAUGCUGAUCUUUUCAUUGAGGAAUUUCAAAUACACUUCUGAACAAACACCAGGGUUUCUUGACAUGCUAUUUGGAAAAAAACAAAAACAAAACACUACUGAUCUAAGGGGAAUCCUUUAUAAAUUAUUUGCUGUUGAAGAUUUUCCCCCUCCUGUAUUAUAACAGUGCAUGAAUACAGCACAGGAUUUAUUUCAGUGUUUCUUUUCUUUAGUUUAUUAAAAAAACCCAAUCAAUAAAUUUUGUGACUUGUCUGUCAAGCUGCAUGGGGGGAUUCAUUGAUGUAGUCCAUCCUUCCCCAACCUUUAUCUUCCAGAUGUUUGGGACUACAACUCCCAUCAGUUCCAGACAACACAGAUGAUUGAGAGUUGUAGCCCAAAACAUCUGGAGGCUGAAGGCUCUGAGCUAAUGUGCUGGGUAUCAUCUAACAUGUGGAAAGGUCUCCCCUCUAGGUGCAGCCUGUAAGCUGAUGGUGCUUAUCUUCCGCCUGUAAAAAACCUCCCUGUAUCUAAGCACUUAAAAUUUCUAAACUAGCCUUCACUCCAUCCUCCUUGAGAUACUAGCUUUCUGCUUGCGGGGGCACUUUUGGGUAGCAGCAGAUUUAAGCAAACAACCCCCCUUCCUUCUACCUAAACUGAAGUAUACCAAAAGAGUCAUACUGUCAGGUGAGUCCCUCUUUGUGUCUAAUACACAUCAGAGGGGGAGUUCAAUGCACUGAUGAUAUAUAUAUAUAUUUUAAAAGCAUGCUUACGUUCAAAUAAUGUACUAAUGCCUCCUUUCCCCCAUCCACAUUUGCAGCUUCACGGAUAUUGUUACCAAGACAGCAAUGACAUCGCAGACACCCUGACUGCCAUCACAGAACUGGGCUCACCCCUGGAGAUGAUCCAGCUUUUACAGAUUUCCUGGGAGGACAGGUUUCGCGUAAGUAGAGUUUCAAAGCUGAAAUUUGAAGAGGCAUUAACCGUUGGUGGAGGUUUCAGAAUAUGUGUGCAGAGUGGAACAGGAUCCCCAGGACCAGUGCAAGACAGUUGGCAGCUGAAUCUUACUUUGCCCCCUGUGGUAGGAUAACAUCACUGCACCUGAGGCAGCAUGAUAGUUUGGGGUGGCUGGGACAGACCACGAAGCAUACAGAGCUGUGUCUUCCAACAGAGGGAAAGUGGCCUUAGGGGGAAUAGACCAGAGGCUGCCACUUGCCCCCUUCCCCCUUGCAUUGGCCGCCUGAGGCAGUUGUCUCACUUUGACCAACAGUAGGACCAGCUCUGAGGAUCACAUCUGCUGUCUCAAAGCCAUUUCAAAAGCAGCUGGUUGGGUGAAGUGGCAGCACUAACUCUGCUGGACCCUCUCCUAUAUCGGUGGUCUGUGGUGGGCUUAUGUGACAAUGGCAAGUGGCAGCACUGUGAUCAGCAUGGAGCAACUUUGAGCUCCCGCAGUGGUGCGUUCCAGAUGGUGAGGACUCCAGUUCCCGUGUUUCCUGACCAUUGACCAUGCUGGCUCUGGUGUAUUGUAGUUGAAAACAUCUGAAGGGUACUCCUUUGGCUUCCCUUGCCCUUGGGUGAUGCUGUGUUGUGGGCAAUUUUAAUGGCAGCUCCUAGCCACCUGAUGUAGAGGGUCGAGGGCAAGUGUCAGCACAGCAAGGGGGCCACGUGGAGCCCCACUAGCUGCCUGAGGAUGCUGUCUCCUGAUGCUGCUUCUGGUUGCCUCCAAAGCUCAAGCCCAGGGUUUCCCAAACUUGGGUCUCCUGCUGCUUUAGGACUACAACUCCCAUCAUCCUUAGCUAGCAGGUCAGGGAUGAUGGGCACUGUAAUCCAAAUACAGCUGGUGACUCAAGUUUGGGAAACCUUGCUCUAGCCCUACAGAUGCUGCUGGGGUCCCCAGCCCCUCAUCAGCCCCAGCUAGCAUGGCCAGUGGUCAGGGAUGAUGGGAGCUGUAGUCCAACGAUAUAUGGAGCACGACUGGCUCUUCACUCCUCCAGUAAGCCAAGCCAGAGAUGGGAUUUGCAAUGGGUCUUGCAAUGGUGUGUUGGCAUUCCAAAGAUUAAUGUGUGCACCUAUGCCGUAAGCCUACACUUCCCCCUGGGACAUCUAAAGGGACAAACGUGUGUGCUGAAGACCAGGGGAAAUGAUGGAGAGAUCCUCUUGUGUUGCACUUGGCUCUUGUAAUCACCCAAUCUGUUUCUAAUGGUGAAAGGGCUGUUGUCUUUUUUUUUUUUUAAUGCUCUGCAACAAUAAACAGAUCCUUCUAGGACGGCCUUGUUAGGGAAGCCAGGCGUGACAACGUGGCUCUUGUUGUUUCAGAUCUGCUUCAGCUUAGUUCAGCUUCUGCAUUAUCUGGCCCACUCUCCCCUUGGCUCCGUGACUCUCUUGGAUUUCCGACCCCGGCAGUUUGUGAUUGUGGACGGAGAGCUCAAGGUGACGGAUCUGGAUGACGCCAGCAUUGAGGAGGCCUCCUGCACGAGCAGCAGAGACUGUUUCAUGGAGUUCCCGGCCAGAAACUUCAGCCUGCCUUGUUCUCUUGAGGGCAAAUGCCAAAGUAUGAAUGAGAAGAGGAAUCUUUACAAUGCCUACAGGUAUCGAAGCACCUGGAAAUGAAUGGCUAUGGGCUGUCAGGAGUGGGAAACCUUUGGUUCCCCCCUGUUGAGGUUCACAUUUCCUUGGGAGUGUUGGGAUCCACCUCCAGAACCCUUCUGAAUGUUAGAGAUGGUUUUAUUUCAGGAGUGGGGAACCCUACCAUAGGCUACAUUCCCUAUGUGGCCCUCCAGGUGUUGCUGAACAACAACUCCCAUCAUCCCUGCCCAUUGACUGUUAGGGUUGAUGGGAGCUAUAGCUGAGCAACACCUGAAGGACCAAGGUUCCCCACUCUUGCCUUAGGGCCUGCAUGCUGACAGUGGGCAACACCAGAUCCCAAAGUGGGCAGGACUGCCUAGUGCAUCCCCUCUUUUUCUGUGCUAUCUCAUCUCUCACCCUCUGUGCCACCUUCCACCAUCCUGUCCAUUCCAGCUUCAUCCGUCUCCAGGGUAAUGUUGCACCCUGGGCUCACUAUCUGACUCACUAUGGAGGAGCCAUAUUCCCUUCUCGGUCUCCCCACUUUCUCACCUACUUUCUUACACACCUAGGCACCAACUCUAUAGGGUUGAUGACAGCUCAGCCAUCCAAAGUGUGCAGGCUGAGCCCCCCCAAAUCUUGAGGGCCUGGUCGCAGUAAUGGUGGGCCUUGUGGCCUCCUCCUGACACACGUGAUGUCACAUGCACAGGUGACAAGUUCUCCCUCAUUUCACAUGAAACUCUGCCUCUGCUCACACAGAACACAAAAGAGAAAGAGACCCUGAAAAAAGAGGGGCCUGGAGAGUCCCACAGUGUCUGGUGGGCUGCAUGAAAUUAGGACAGGGGGUGUAACUUCCUCACAACUUAUUUUCUUCUUGAUUAUCCAGAAGGACCACAUUUGGAAGGGAUGUCUUUAAACACGCGCAGCAAACACAGUCUGGCUCUGAAGGCCAAAUAAAUGCUAAAUUUAAAGUGUUACAUUACUCACACUUUCUCCAAAAACACGCUCAAGAUGUUUGUUUUGAAGAAAAAUCAGCUGCAGGGCCCUGAACUGCAACGUACUCCCAACUCGAAGUAGGAAACAGCAACAGAUUCUUGCUGAAAAAAAUCCCCCAUUAGCUUUUUGCUUCUGAAGGUGAAAUUUGCCACAAACAGUACAUUUUGCAGGCAAUUGGGUACAUUUUCAAGACAUGAGCCCUGCAGCUGAUUUUUCUUGAAAAUAUUUUUUUUAAAAGCAUUUUGUUUUAAAGUGUGAGUAGUGCAAAGUGUAGUUUGGCCUUGACUCUCUAUGGUUCAUUUGGUGAUCAGGAUUCUGUGUUUACUCCCCAGGUGUCUUCAUGUUCUCAAGGCAUGGUUUGAAGUCAUGCAAUGUAGCAAUCUACUGAAGCUAAGCAUGUCUAGGUCUGGUCAGUCCGUUUGGUGGGAGACUGCCUGGGAACGCUAUAAAAUAAAGCAACUCUUUAUAGUGUGGCUCAUACAAAACCACUCAUCAGAGCUGGGAAGGACUUUUAACUUGAACCCAGCUCUGUAUUCUAUCUGCAAACCAACAAAUCUUAUAUUAAUUCUUUCCUAUGACUUCAUUUAACACACGUGCAGCAAGUGUUUUUAUUUUCUCCCCCAGGUGUGAGCGACUUUUUUAUAUGACUGACAGCAGGAUCUAUGCAUGCAGAGAAAAUGUUAUUUCUUACUUUUUAGGACUGGCGUAGGGACAGGGCAUCAUCCAUUGAAACGUCCUAUUUAUGUUACCAAUCUGCCCAUGACCUAAUAACUCAUCGGUCUGUUUAUACUGUCCAUCUUGUUAAAAGUAACUCUGAAAAGAGACUUGAUAGACUGCAAUGGUAGUAUGGGAUUGGCAGAAGAAAUUCAAACUUCAUAUCCCUUGAUAAAUCAUGCCAUUGUGGUUUAAAAAUUUUAGUUUUCCGGUAAGUUUUGCCAUUUCUGUAUAUUCCAAAAGUUUUUGUAUCCAUUCUUCUUUUGGAGUCUAGUUGAUUCUGCUUAACAUUACCUGCACCCCAUCUUGAGACUAUUAUAAGCUCCAGACUUUCAGCUUACAAAUCUUGCUCAACUUUUCCUAUUCAACCCACAAGUUUGAUUAACAUCAAGCCUCCAGAAAAGUUCUGGACAACUCAAAAACUUAGUGACAUUUUGACAAUAGAGUUAUUGCCUGACUUUAGAGCCUUUGUGUAGCAAAUUAUGCAGAGCCACUAAUGAAAAUAGGCUCAUUUAAAAAAGAGAGAAUUGGAAUUAUAAACCAAAUUCUGUCGACUGAAUUCUGCGCCUUACAUAAAUUGUGUCAUAUGUCCAAUACUUUGCUGGGAAGCACUGGAAAAUAUUAGUGGUUUGAUGUCAAUCUGGCUGGUUGCUUUUUGGGAUUGGACACGUGAAAGACGUUUUGAAUUUACAGUCCUUAAAUAAAUAAAAAGCCUUGUCCAAGCAGAGGCAGACAGCUUUACAAAUAGAUCAACUUCAUGGUGUGUGUGUUUUUUUACUUCAAAUCUCUACGUUAAUAAAGUAUUUACAGGUAGUUAGUUACAAGGUGGCCUUGUCCAAAGCAGCUCUGUCUAUGCUUCACCCAGCAGCUGUGUGAAUAUAGCCGCAGCUUUAUAUUUAAUUAUAGAAUAUGAUUCUAUUUCCUGCAUAGCUCAGAGACUUGUAAAUUACUGGAAUUUUAUUAUUCAUUUAUGAUGUCCUGCGGUUACUAAACUCACAAAACUAACAACUUUCACUUCUUUGUAGGUUUUUCUUUACUUAUCUUCUGCCGCACAGUGCCCCUUCAUCCCUGAGGCCGUUGCUCGAUGCGAUUGUCAAUGCUACAGGUAAGAAACGUGUCAUGAUCUCCACUGGAUUAAACUGAAAGCUUCCCUUCUCUCCAGCAUCCUGCAUCCCACUGUGGCCAAUCUGAUGCUCUUCCUCCGUCAGAACAUUAGAAUUCAUGGGCAUCCUAUGAAGCUGAGCGCUGGAAGAUCCAGGACAGAGAAGAGACAGAGAAGAUGGAUCUUGCUCCUACAGGAAGCACAGUGAUGGCUGCAAACCUGGAUGACUUUAAAAGAGGAUUAGAUGCCUUUGUGGAGGAUAAGGCCAUCAUGAGCGGCUAUGAACCAUGAUGGCUGUGCUCUCCUUGGUCGGAGGCAUUAAUGCUUCUGAAUACCAGUUGCUGGAAGUGACAGGAUGGGGAGAGCACUGUGGCACUUAGAUCCUGCUUUGUGGCCAUGGGCAUCUGGUUGGCCACUGGCCUGAUCCAUCAGGGCUGUUCCUGUGUUCAAGAAGUCCGGGUGCAGGAUUUGAAGGCAAUGCAGUGGUACCUCGGGUUACAAACACCUCAGGUUACAAACACUUCGGGUUACAGACUCCGCUAACCUGGAAGUAGUACCUCGGGCUAAGAACUUUACCUCAGAAUGAGAACAGAAAUUGUGCGGCGGCGGGAGGCCCCAUUAGCUAAAGUGGUACUUCAGGUUAAGAACAGACCUCCAGAAUGAAUUAAGUUCGUAACCAGAGGUACCACUGUACAGUGGACGCUCGAGUUGCGAACGUGAUCCGUGUGGGAUGCACGUUCGCAACCCGCAGCGUUCGCAACCCGCAGCGGCACGUCUGCGCAUGCGUGGGUUGCGAUUUGGCACUUCUGUGCAUGCGCAAAGCACGAUUUAGCACUUCUGCGCAUGCACGACCGCUGAAACCCGGAAGUAACCCGUCCUGGUACUUCCGGGUUUCGGCGGGUGCGUAACCCGAAAAAAUGCAACCUGAAGUGGCUGUAACCCGAGGUAUGACUGUAGAGAGGUCUAUCAUCCCCCAGCAACUGGAAUGCAGUGGGGGGAAUGUGAAUGUUAAGAACAUAGGAAGAGUCUGCCAGGGCCCCCCAUUUGCUGCUCCUUGGAGAAAGACAGAAGUGUGAUUAAUAAUAGUUUCGUUUGUUCUCCCUUGCUGUUCCAUCUAUUGCCCCAACUUCUGUCAUUUUGCCCCCUAUUAGCCUCCACAAUGAAGCUACAUCUUGCCUGUCUAAAGCUCCCCUAGCUGUUGCUGUACACCAGGUUUCUUGCUGUCCCUAAGAUGUUUCCCUUGUUAUAGGAGAACUUCAGUGGGGAAUAGACGAAACGGCUGCUCAGCUUGAAAGAGUUUUGCAUUUAUACAAGAGUGGCAUGUACCUCCAGAAUUCUACACGGACACCCCGGUCAGGUAAAGUAUCACUCCCUGCGGGGCAGCAAAUUAGUCUUGACUCAGGAUGGCUGCAUGCUGCCUUUCUGGCUAGGGGCCUGGUUGUUUUGUUGCAGUCCUACAUGGGUCCUGAUGGAGGGUGAGAAUUCAAAGCAGUGUCACCUUUUGGUCUUCUUCUUUGGCGAUCACUCGUAGCCGAGUAAGAUUGUCUUCCAUGAACACAGUCUUAACAGUGAGUUCGUAAGUGACUGUGGAGACCAGUUCUGGAUCCACACUUCCUUUCACAGUGGGGACAUAGGUUUCCAGGCAGGAGUUGAUCACGGUGAGGGUUUGCCAAGCAUGCCUUCCGCCUCGCUCAUUUCUCCCUUUCGUCCUGAGUGUGAAUGUCUUCAAAGUCCAUGACACCUUUGGUAAAGGCUGUUCUCCAACUGGAGCGCUCGCAGGCCAGUGUUUCCCAGUUGUCUGUGUUUAUACCACAUUUUUUAAGAUUUGCCUUGAGACAGUCUUUAAACCUCUUUUGUUGACCACCAGCAUUACACUUUCCAUUUUUAAGUUCGGAACAGAGUAAUUGCUCUGGAAGACAAUAAUCAGGCAUCCAAACAACAUGACCAUUCCAACGAAGUUGAUGUUGAUGUUGAAGAAUCAUUGCUUCAACACUGGUGAUCCUUGCUUCUUCCAGCACACCUUCUGCACACUGACAGCUCAGGGGUGGGGUUGGUAAAGGUGUCAUUGGAUUUGGGGUCUCAGACUCCUAAUGGUCACUGAGCAUCAAUCUGUCUGUGUCUUUUUAUCCCGGCUUGAGGUCUCUUGGCUGUAUGGUGCUAUCAUAUGGGUAGCAGAACUAUAGAAGUAUUAUCAAGUAGCAUCCAGGUAGUCAGAUGACCUCCCAACCACCCUAUGGGUAGGUUUUGUGUAUGGCUAAAGACAAGAGGGAUGAGCAAAGUAGAAAUUUUAGUGAGGGGACUGUUGUGGGAGUAGUUCCAUUCCUCUUUGUUGGGUUGAAACCACCCCUUAGGCUAAAAGCAAAAGUCCAGAGCUCUUGACUGGGUUUCCAUUUGGUUCCAUAAUUACUUAUGGAGGAGAUGAGGCUUGCCAGUGUGGACAGCUCCAGGGUCAACAUCUUAGUAAGAAACUGGCAGGAAAGGUUGGUACAGGUGCUCCUUUAACUUUUCAUAUUUUGCCGUUUUCCAUCACGCACUUUGCUGAGUGACAGUGUCAACACAGCCCAAUUGCAUUUCAGCUGCACAAUCCAUCCUUUGUUGGGAGAGUGCCAGGAUGCUGGGAAUUAUUCUGGGGUGUCUGCUGAAUCCAGUUUUAACAGCAUCAUUAGAAUAGUACAAGGUUCACCCUAACAGAAACAGUGCGUUGGCCUGCUAAGAUGGAGCAAAGCUACGCUGACAUUCAGCUGGAGUAACAUCUAUUCAGACUUAGUUUUUAUUCCUCGGAAACUCAUGUAACAGCAACUUCUUAGCAUCCAACUACCUCUGUUUUGGCAUUGGCUGAGAUCCAUUUUGUUUAGAAACCAUUACGAUAGUUCUCCCUAAACUGCCAGAAGAGGCUGGGCUUUAAAUCACAAUAGUUUUUAAUUAUCUGCACAUUUCAUCCCUGGUCCAGAAUCCUGCGUGGUAUCAUGCAGGCUAUCCCAUCUAUUUCAGUGGCAGCAGCAAAUCUGCCUUUCCUGUUCAACGCUCGAAUGCUCUCUGCUGCUGCUGGACUGAAGGUUCUUUAUCAAUGUAUAGGUAAAAAUGUUUAGAAUAGCCUCGCGAUUGAGCCCGAACUGUUUCCCAAAGCCUUUUCCCAUGCCCAGUUAGUAAGGGAAAGUGUCAGUGGAAAAGCAACUUCAUGAAAGUUCUUGUCAAUCUGAGCUUUCCCAUAAAUAAACGUUAACAAGAUAAAUCUUAGUCAUGUUACAGAAGGACUUGGGUCUUAAGCUUUCACUGUGCUUUGGUUGUAAAACUUUUUAUAGUGCCGUAAAUUAUAUUCUACUUUGGACUUCGCUUUAGUGAUACAGAAACAAAGCAUGCGUGUGUGCGUGUUGCGGGGGGGGGGAGAAUUUAAUAGUCAUGUGUGUUUUCCCUAAUCGUAAAUCACCCCAUUAUUGAAGUUUGUUAUCUGGAUGCUGGAGUAUUUAAAAUGAUGCUGAAUUCAAGAAUACUUCUACAGGUGUUUUUUAAAUACAGGUUGCAAUAAACCCUGAAACAAAACAAAACAAAAAAGACUGUAAACAGGGAGGGCUAAUGGAUCAAAAUAUAAACCACCUGCCUUUGAAUAUAUUUAUAGGUGGCUCAACAACUAGAAACAAAUAUUCCAAAUUUUAGAUCAACUGCAUUCUUUCUGUGGCACCCCUGUGGGGCUCAGGAGCCCAGUUGUGUCACCCCUUGCCUGCAGAGCUGGCAGCCCCUCACCCCUUUUCGAACACCCUCCCUUGGGGAGUGUUCUCUCAGCCUCCUCUUCUCUUCUUUCUCCUUGGGAGUCCUCCGGUCAGCUGCUGCUGCCAUCCCUGAUCUCUAAGCUGCCCCCACCCAAGAGAGGUGCUUUCCUUAUAGCCAGGGCUGCUGCAAUAAACAGCUGUGCAAGCCUUUGGCAGGCAGAAGUACAAGAGGACAUCAGAGGACGAAGGGAAGGGGAAAGAGGCACAGAGGCCAGUGUUUCCUGCAGCACCCCUGACCAGAAUUCAAGGCACCCCAGGGUGCCACAGGACACUGGUUGAAAAUGACUGCCAUAGUGGCAUCCUGUAAUGCAAAAGGAGGAGAGAGGUUUUCGUUGAUUACCUCUUCCCUCUGUAAUGCUCUCACUGCUACAGAUGCUGUUUUUAAUGUCUUUUCACUCUUUACUCCAGAGCAGCGGUUCUCAACCUGUGGGUCCCCAGAUGUUGUUGGACUACAACUCCCAUCAUCCCUGAGCUCUGGCCUUGCUAGCUAGGGAUGAUGGGAGUUGUAGUCCAACAACAUCUGGGGACCCACAGGUUGAGAACUGCUGCUCCAGAGGAAGCUAGGAGCUGUAAAUAGGAUGGCCGCGUGUCCUGGUUCACAGAAAGAGGGCAGUCCUCUGUUUUGAGGCAGCCACUGUUUGAAGGGCUGUUUGGUGCAAGUCCACCUUGAAGAUGGAAAUCGUAAGAAAGGAGAGCUGGGAGGACCUUGAAGUUGCCCAUCCACGCCUUGCCAACAAACUGAGCAGGCCACGUGGUCACAAUCCUUUCCAUUAUGCUGAGAUGCAUUGUAUUUCUAGUUACAUGAUUUAUGAAUUUGUAUUUAGGCCUAUCGGUUAGCAUAUGUAACUUUUAUGCAAAUCCUUGCCCUCCAUUUUGGCACCGCCUCAGCAGCUCCCCUAGCUAUAAUGCUGUGCCAUUUUGCAAAUAAGUUCUAAUCACUUCCACUUCUCUCUUUGGACCCUGCCUUUGGUAUUUAAUUUGCCAUUACAACAGAUGGGUGGCGGCAGGGAGAGUAAAGCUAUUUCUUUGUCAAGGCUACCCGUUGCUGCAGCUGUGUCCCUGGACCAGGGCAUAUUGGCAGGUGAUAAAUAGAAAAGGAGACUGGGCAGCUUUCCAACUGGUAGCUACAGUUGGUAGUAAAACACACAUACACGCACACACACCCAAUUGGGCUGCUGCGGCUGAAAUAAAUGGCCGUUAGGACUGAUUAAAUUCAGGUGGAGGGUGACUCGAGCAGGCUAAAAGGACGAAACCGCAACCUGUUUUCCCUAAUUUAUAUUAAAUUGCCGUCCCAGAGCGUAUGCUUGCGACCGAGUCUGGGGAGAGGCUGGCAUGCCUGUCUGAGUGCAGAGAGCCAAGGUGGCUUUUGGUUUACCAGUAAGAAGGGAGAGAGACUGUUGCACCAUGAUGGAGUGCAGCAGGGCUUGCAAAAGGCACUAAGUCCAGCCCCCAGCAAUACCAGUUAAAAGCAGAUGAUGAGAAAGGUGUCUCUGCCUCCAGGUGUGUGUGUGGGGGGGAACUGUUUUUUCUACUGGGGGGGCCCUCAGUCUCUUGAGACUAAUCUGUUGGAGGCCACAUGACAGUGGAGGAUGUGGCUGGAACCAAUGGUGGAAGAAGAAAAAUAUAACAGCAGCAGCAGCAGCAACAACAACAACAACAAUGUUUUAUUUGUACCCUGCCCAUCUGGCUGGGUUUCCCCAGCCACUCUGGGCAGCUUCCAACAAAGAUUAAAAAUACAUUAAAAUGUCAGACAUUAAAAACUUCCCUGAACAGAACUGCCUUCAGAUGUCUUCUAAAUGUCAGUUAGUUCCACAGGGCAGGUGCCACUACCGAGAAGGCCCUCUGCCUGGUUCCCUGUAGCUUUGCUUCUCACAGUGAGGGAACCACCAGAAGGCCCUCGGCGCUGGACCUCAGCGUCUGGGCAGAAAGAUGGGGGUGGAGACGCACCUUCAGGUAUCUCACUGCUGCUAUCCCCACCCCCACCAAUAAGUUCAAAACUCUUAAUUUGUCCUGAGAACUAGCUCACACCCUCCAACAUUUCUCCGAUGGAAAUAGGGAGUCCUAUUUAACAACACAAUAAUUUUUUUAUUAUUUAUACAUCUGACUGGGUUGCCCCAGCCACUCUGGGUGGCUUCAAGCCUAUUUAAAAACAUAAUAAAACAUUAAACAUUGAAAAAAACUUCCCUAUACAGGGCUGUCUUCAGAUGUCUUCUAAAGGUUGUAUAGUUACUUGUCUCCUUGUCUCGGGGGUCCCAUAACUCCAUACCCUCCAAAAUUUCUCUGAUGAAAAUAGGGACACCCUAAGGAAAAGCGGGACAUUCCGGGAUCAAAUCAAAAUCCAGGACAAUUUCUGUAAAUCCAGGACUGACCCUGGAAAAUAGGGACACUUGGAGGGUCUGCUAGCUAGGAAAAUGGAAACUGUUGAGAAAUUGGAGGGCAGAUUUUGGCACUGCGGGAGUACCCUCACUUCAUUGACUGUCUUGUGAACUUUACAAUAAUAGUCUUAAGCAGAAAUAAGAGUUUGGGAUUAGGAUGAUGAGUACAUUGUAAUCUCUAUAAUGUGACAUUACAGUGGUAGCUUUAACCCAUGCCAUGCCAAACACACACACACUCUGUGUGUGUGUGUGUAGCUGAAUGUGUGAAUUUAUUGCCACUGUUAUAGUAUUAGGCAGGUUAUUUAUAGGUUUUUAACGCCAUUAGUCUGGAAAUUGAGCAGAACUUUGACCUUUUUAUGAUGUGAGUUGCUACAAGGAGCCUUCAAAUUCCAUGGACACCAUUUAAGCAGGUUUCAAGUUUGGGCGAGACAAAACAAUCCUGGCUUGAACCAAACCUUUCUAAGUGGGGUGAUUGUGGUGGAAUUCCUAAAUUUAGUUCUGAGUACAUUGAAUAGAAAUAAGGCCUGUGUCACCAAAUGGCAUCCUAUUACCAGGAGUUUUUUUGGGGGGGUGAAAUCAUAGUAGUACUAGAAGAAGAAAAUAUGGUUUAGGUUUAUUAAAUUUAUGUAUUGCUUCCCACUAAUAAAGUCCUGAAGCAAUUUAGAACUAAGUAAAAAUAUAAUGUUGAAAUCACUAAACAUAUUUAAAACAGAUUUAACAAUGCAAUACCAAAUCAUUGGUCUUGCCCAAAGGCCUGUGAAAAGAAAAUAAUUUUUUACUGGUGCCAGAAUGCUGACAAGGGUGAAGCCAGGUGGGUCUCCUUGGAGGAGAGCAAACCAGGGGUCAGCAAACUUUUUCAGCAGGGGACCGUCCACUGUGCCUCAGACCUUGUGGGGUGCUGGACUAUAUUUUGAAAAAGAAAAAAAGAACGAAUUCCUAUGCCCCACAAAUAACCCAGAGAUGCAUUUUAAAUAAAAGGACACAUUCUACUCAUGUAAAAACACACUGAUUCCCAGACCGUACGUGGGAAAAUAGGGACACUUGGAAGGUCUGUAACUCCUGUAGUAGAGUUUAUACACACCCCCUCCCCAAAUGCCCACUCACAUUGCUGGAUUUAGAUGAAACCACAGACAGGAAGACCACAUAUUCCACUGCCCAGAGUCCAUGUGCCAUGGCACCUGUCGCUAUGGCAACAGCCAGGUCGGAGCAGGAAGUGUGGAUUGUGAAGAGCGGCCCAAUUUAGUCCUUUGGUGGUCCAGCCUGAACCUACUUAUCUCCUUUAAUUGCAUGUACAAUCCCCCCACAAAGGAUCCCCGUUCAAUUUUUCUGUAUACUUUAAAUACCCAUGCGACUAUAGUAUAGUCCUCCAAGGCCUGAGAGGCACACUUGCCAUAGGUUUCUAGUGAUAUUUAUGAGUUCGUCAUAAAGCUCUUGUUUCAAAUGGGCCUAAUUCUUAAGAAGCCAUUACAGCCAGCAUCUCUUUCUCUUUGUCUAAUAGUUUGCAUCCAUCUGUGCUGUGCGUCAAGGCUUCUAGCACGUGCUGACGGGUUUAUAGAUCCCCUGGGCCUUGUCUUCCAGCCUGCAUAGUGCGUUUUGGGUGUGUGUGUGUGUGUUUCUUCCAUUGGUUGGCCUGCUCUCCAAUCGCUUCUUCCGUUCCUCUCUGGCAAGGCAAAGCAAAGCAAAACAGAGGACAAAUAAUGUUGCAUUCUUUUCCUCCACCGGGUGUUCUGCCAAUUGUCAGCCGGUGUGGUCCAUUUGACAGAGUACUGGACUUUAACCUGACUUCAGACCUUCGUUCAGCCAUGAACUCAGUGGGUGGGCUUUGGCACAUCAUUUUAGUGGGGAAUGAUGGAGGCCCACCUUAGGAAGUUGCUGAAGCAACAAUGAGCAGGUACCUCACAGAUUCUUAAGGCUGUUGUGGUUCCCCACUUCAGUGAGGGACAGGAUGUUCCAGAGCAGUGCUACCAAGCUUGAUUUCGUUGGAUGAGACUGUGAUGGAGACUUAUGUCACCUCUGCGAUAUUUGAAAGUAGCUUUUCAAAAAGCUUUUGAGAAAGUCCCGCGAGUCAGCUUAGCAGUCGUGGAAUAAGAGGAGAGGUCUUGUUAGGAACUGAUUAAGAAACAGGAAGCAGAGAGCAGGGAAAGAUGGACAGUACAAUAAAAAAACCUGCAAAUAUAUUUAGAAUAAAACAGUGCAAGAUUCAAAAUAGGCACCCAUGCUCGAGAGACCCAUUCAUCCCGUUGAGAAAAAGUUCUGGAACAAAAAUGUCAUCAGUUGUUUUCCAGAAAGUGCAGAUAGUUCCUGUCAUAUCACAACAGGGAAAUAGACAGUGAAGUCCCCUAAGGAUUGCUAUUGAGACCUGUGCUUUUUAACUUGUUCAUUAAUAAACUAGAGUGUUACGUACUUCCUUGGACGUACCUGCUUUUUGCCUUAAGCAACUAGGGAUGUUGCUAUUCACAAAGCUAAUUUUAUAAAUUAGUAAUUGCUCUUCAGUUCAAACUGCAAAUUUAGGAUUUUGAAUCGAAUAGGUACAGUUGGUUCUCAAACAAUGCGUUCUGGGAGUCCGUUCGACUCUCGGAACUGGUCAAAAACCAAGGCAUGGCUUCCGAUUGGCUGCAGAAGCAUCCUGAAGUCAACCAGAAGCCGUGCAAGACAUUCAACUUCUGAAAAUCAUUAAAAAACCGGAACACUCACUUCCAGGUUUUGAUCGUUCGGGAGCCGAUUUGUUUGGGAGCCGAGGCAUUUGAGAUCCAAGGUACAACUAUAUAGGUAAAAGUCCAAAAAAUCACUGGUGAAUACCAGUGAUUUAAAGGGGAAGGGUCACAGUUCAGUGAUGGCACAUGCUUUGUGUACAAAAUUUCCCCUGGCAUCUGGUGAGGCUGAAACCUUGGAGACCUACCACGACUCCUUGUAGAUAAUACUGAGCUAUUUUACAUAUUUCAUUUCAUUUAUCUGGGUUCUCCUUCUAUCCUGGAGCCCAAAGUGAUGCACCUAUGGUUCUGAAUCAGUCCAGACCUAGCCCUGUUUAGCUUCAGAAAGGUGGUGGCCUCAUAGGACUUCAGAUCAUCCCCUGGAACCAAUGGUCUGGUUUGGUGUGAGACAACUUCCUGUGUGACUAUAGGGUUGGAGAACCUCUUCCAGCCGUGGAGCCAUAUUGCAUCCUGGCCAGAGGCAAAAGGUGUCAGAACAAUAGAUGGGACUUCUUUACCUUUGUGCAAUGAACUAAAUCCCAGCCAUCCUCCAUCGAGGCUAGCAAUGGGCAUUAUCAGAGUUGAAAGACAGACCUCAUAAGUUUAAGGCACCCUUCAGCCAGGUCAAAGCAGCCAAAGAGCGUGCAGAGCAGGACCAGUGUGGGGUGCAGCCUGCAGAGAAAGGCCAUGGCCUAUGAGAGUCCUGAGGGUCAGAUAGGAAGAUCUUGAGGGCCACAUUUGAGCUUCCUCACUCCUGCUGGAAAUAGUUUUUGGACAUUGACAGCAUUUGCCUCUUCCAGUUUACGGGUGAUGUUCUCUGUGUUCACAAGGUCAGCUGAUACUCAUCUCGCUCUGUGUGGGGCACUGUCUCCUUCCUGGAGGAGGAGCACCACAUCCCGUUCCCCCACUGGCCUUGCUUUUAAACUAGCAUGCAGACGGAAGAAAAAUAACAACUGUUGAAAAUCAGUGGCUAUUCCAAGUUCCGUGCCAGUCUUGAGAAUCUGCCAAAAACUGCUCCAAACAGAGGCCCUGUGUCCUCAUAGAGAGCCCCUUCCAGUUGUCCUCCUGGUGCUUCUCAAACCUUUCUCUUUCUCAGAUGGCAGCUUUCUACCUUUCCCCUCCUGUUCAGCAACUUCCUCAUCUCGGUAGGGAUGGAUGAAUCUGUCAGAUUCAGUCCUCACCCCCCCCCAUUUCUCAUUUUUCCAGUUGUAAUUUUCCACAUGCAUAGCUGCUAUUAAAAAAAAGAAGUCUACAAAAAACAUCAUAGCAUUUUCGUGCACAUUAAUCCUAAUAUACACAUUACUGGACUCGCUUUUCGGUUGCGGAGCUGCAAUGCAAAAUUCAGGAGAAGCGUGAAUUUCAACGGGUGGUUGCAUUUUUCAGUCCACGUAUAGUUUUCGGGAAGUGGGAAUGAGUUGGGUGGUUCUCAUUAGAACGAGACCAGAAAUUAUUUCUCGACUCAUCUCGGGACCCAGCUAGUCCCCCUCCUCUCUGCACAUUUGUGUGCAGCCUGCGUUGCCAUUUACUAAAUAUGUUAUGACAUAGUAUUUAUAUUAGUCCAGAGCCCGGAGACCUUUGGAGACCUCUGUGGCUUCCGGGCUCUAGGAAUUUGACAGAUGGGUCUGUGCCGCAUACCUCUGCAAGCUGCCAGGAGUGGAAAGAUUUACUUUAUUUGCCUGAACCUUUUCGCAGGAACAGAACACGUUGGGUAAUAUUACAAGAGCUUUAUUUAGACCACGGAACUCACAAGGGCUGGGGGGGGGGGAAGAAGAGUGACCGUUAGUCUAUCUCUGGUAAUGACAUUUCCGAGCAGGCAGAGCAGUAGGGCAAAAGCCAGAAUUAAUGGCAGCAAAAAGAACAAGCUAUGCAGACGUUGCUUAUUUGAUAAUAACAAAUUGGUCAGAUACUGUAUAGAAUCAGAGAAUGGUAGGGUCAGAACGUCCCCCAAGGGGUAAAGGUAAAGGGACCCCUGACCAUUAGGUCCAGUCGUGGCCGACUCUGGGGUUGUGGCGCUCAUCUCGCUUUAUUGGCCGAGGGAGCCGGCGUACAGCUUCCGGGUCAUGUGGCCAGCAUGACUAAGCCGCUUCUGGUGAACCAGAGCAGCACACGGAAACGCCGUUUACCUUCCCACCAGAGCGGUACUUAUUUAUCUACUUGCACUUUGACGUGCUUUCGAACUGCUAGGUUGGCAGGAGCAGGGGCCGAGCAACAGGAGCUCACUCUGUCACAGGGAUUCGAACCACCGACCUUCUGAUCGGCAAGUCCUAGGCUCUGUGGUUUAACCCACAGCGUCCCAGCCCCCAAGGGGUAAUCUCGUCCAACCCACAGCAAUGCCAUACCGUUCAACUGCCCCAUUUUAAGCAGGAAUUACAGAAGCCAAUCCUGGCUUCUGACCCUUUUUGGUCCAGUACUCUGGUGUGACCCGCCUGACUCACACCAGAAUGCCAGACCAAAAGAUGCAGCAGGUUGAACUAGAUGAUCCUUGUGCAUAGCUGUCAUCUUUUCCCUUUUCUUGCGAGGAAUCCUAUUUGGAAUAAGGGAAUUUCCCUUAAAAAAAUGGAAACAUUGACAGCUAUGUCCUUGUGGCCCCUUCUGACCUUCUGAACUUACAGUGCUAUGAUUCUAUGAAGGCAUCUCCUUGGGGUUCAACAGGAGUUGCUUUAGCAUGACAGAUUUCUCCUUUUGGCUUUGAGCUGCAACCUGGAGCUUCAGUGGGUAAGGAGUGAGGUGGGGCUGCAUGUCAGAUGAGCUGGAAAACAGCGCUCAGCUUACACUCUUCAGGCUUUGAGCCAGAGCUGGUUAAAAAGGACCAGAAGGCUGGGGGAAUCUCACCUGCUCCUUGGGGGAAGGAACAGUGAGAUGUCAGUGCUCUAGUUUAACCCCAGACUCAGGUUACCAAUCGUUCUCAUUCUGAAUUGCAGAUUCAGUGCUCUUGCCAUUCUGGCUAAGUCCCCAUAAGGGUCUCUUGUCGUCUUUCCGGCAUAUAUAGAAGGGACCCAAGGGUCAUUUAGUCCAACCCCCUGCAAUGCAACUAAUACAGAAGAUUAGUUGGGUUUUGUGGGUCUUGGGAGUUGAUCCCAAGGUUUGGGAUUUUAUCCUUCUGGUCAGCACCCAGAAAAGGUGUCAAAUAUCAGGGUUUAGGUCCAGAAUUAAGAAGGCAAGUUAUUUUGAGAACCUCUGUGGUACCCAUUUUUGUCUGGAUUUUGCUUUUAAAAGUGGUUGCUGGCAGCAUGAGACUCUUGGCUUUCUCCACCAUAAUUUUUUUUCCAGGGUGGGGGGCUUCAAAAGCAAAUUCCCACCCCUUAGGAUUCAGAUGAUAAGUUUAGUGGGCAGUACCUGGUGUCUGUUCGCACCGUGCAUAGCUUCAUGUCUCUCUCCCACAAGUGGCAUGCAAAGUUUGUGACUGUCCUUAAUAUGGACAGCCUGCAGUAGGUCUGCUCAGAAGUAAGUCCUGCUGAUUUUCAUUGAGGCUUACUCUCAGAUACAUGGGUAUAGGGUUGCAACCUAAUACAGGCCGUAAGAUCCGUCUGUGCAGAAUUUUAAUUCUGUUUCAGAACCCAAGCUCUGUCGAGAAUGCAGGAGUCUACUUCCUGAAUGUGGUUUUGCAUUUUGCUUCCUCGUUGUCAGAGGAGGAGAAGCCAAGGGCUGUGUGAAACCAACGUGUGUUUACUAAAUAUUUCACAUACUUUCCAAGGAGAUGGUGUGUGGAAUGCAUCCUUAAUGGUGUGGGGAGCAAUUUUCAUAUAAACCAAUCUGUUGUCUGUUAGAUUGUACGCAGUCCCCAGGACGUGAGGCCUCCUCUCAGGUAAGCCCGUGUAUAAUCACAGCCAAAAGUUAACUCUGUGACUGUUGAGUUGGAAGCAUCCUUAACAAAGCCCCGUUCCAAAAUAUCAACAGGCUGAAAUUUCAUAGCUGCAGGCAAAAAAACAAAACAACCCCCUCUUCUUGAACUGAAAUGACUCCAACAAAACACGAGGCUGUGAAACUAGAAAUUCAGCUUACAGUUUGUUUAAUGGGUACAAUUAGAAGCGCGUGGUUUUGUUUUUUUUCCAAAAAAACGGAAGGGUGAUUUGUGAGUCCAUCGGCUAAGUAGAAAUGUUUAUAAAUGAUUAGUUUGAUUUGCCUGGUGCAUUCAUAAACCGGAGACUGCAGGCAGCUGGGAAACGGCCUAGAGCCUUGAACAGGGAACAAGACAGAGAAAGGCGCUCAGAGAAGGGAGACUGAACGGCAGCCAAUUGGGGCAGCUAAUCCACAGGCAAUGCCGCAGUGCUGGGCAAGCCCUGAACAACCCCAUGUCAUUCCUCCCCCCCCCCCAUGCCUUUAUCUCGGGGGCCCCAUCAAGCAAACUGCCCUUUUGUAUUGCUCCUAGGAAGAAAUAAAAAAGUUUGCUUAAUUAAAAACCUGUCUUUUCUUCACAAAAGCAGAGAAAAACAGCCACGCUCUCCUGACUCAGAAGGAGGGCCGAGGCGCCUGAUCAGGUCUUGCCCUGACAAUUCAGCCCCCUGUUCAGAGCAAAUGAUGGCUGAGUCGCCUGUUCAUUCAAGUGGAUGUUGUUUGCUCAGUAGAACAUUCUCUCCAUAAAGAGCUCGACGAAAUGAAAGGCUUGCGGUACGCAGGAAGGAGACGAGGGAUAGAAUUUUAGGGGCAGAUGGAGUUUCUUGGCAAACUUUUUUCUUUUUUCUUCUCCACCAAAACGAGCAUAGCAAAAUAUUCCUUUUGGCAGAUAUUUUGUGCGUGAUUAACACACACACACACACACACACACACACACACCAGCAAUAUAUUUCAGAAACGGAGAAGAGGGCCAGUAACAAUUUCUAAGACUAUGUUGGAGAGGACCCACUUUCCUUAAAAAUAGCACGUGUGGAAUAUUUGCAUUUCUUUCCCCUACAGAUUACAGAAAGGUGCCUGAAGCCACUAUCGUCAAUGAGAAUUACAGGUGCUGGCCCUCCUACCAUCACAAGGAAUGUCUCCUAUCCGUGUUUGACGUUAGUGAGGCCAUGGAGGUUUGCGAGAGUCAUUCCCAGUGUAAAGCUUUUGUGCUCACCAAUCAGACAACGUGGACAGGUAACAAAUGCCGGCGGCCUGGAGUUACUAUCAUUCCCUCCUAGCAAGAUGGCCACUAAGGAAUAGGAUUGGCCCUGUUCUCCUUUCAGAGCUCAAACAUGCAAAAUAAGAGGAAACCGAUUGAUCUGUUUGCUGCUGAUGUCACAGCAGCCUCUAACACUGCUGCAUGGAGAGUGCCUUUCCCUCUUUUAUUUUCCAUUGAAAAAUGGCGAAAGCAAGAGGGGUGGGUCUCUUCUACCUAGAGCAGGGGUCAGCAACGUGCGGCUCAUGGGCCCCUGAGCUGCCCCCGAACUGAGCUGCCCGCUCAGUGAGUCCCCCCUGUGCUGCGCUAAACCAGCACAGUGCAGGGACCCCUGACCUAGAGGCUGCCAGUUUCACUGAGCAACUUUUUAUUUUCCCUGAACUCUUCAGUAUUCCAAAAGUUUAUGGAAUGUUUCUAGCUGUCUUCAUGGGGGCCCAUUUGCACGGCCACCUAUGUUCCAGGCUUUCGAUCACAUUUCGGUUCCCAGGAGUUCCAUAUAGCUGUUGAGCAUAACAAAAUCUCUCUUGGCAGUGUCCAGAGCACAACAUUAUGUUGCUGAUGGAAGCACUUGAGAGGCGGGUAGAAAUUGUAUUAAGUUUAGGCAGAAGGUAGAAAACAGCCGAGCAGCUGCAGAAGCAAUCCUGCAAAAUGCAUUCCAGCACCUUGCCUUUAUCGGUCGUCACGAGUGCCAUAGAGAUUAGUGUGUGUGCUGGAUGACCGCUUCCAGCUGGAUGAAAUGUGAGCAGGAUCUUCCUUUGACAAGCAGAGCCUUCUGCCCUCCCAUCUAGACAUUGGCAGAUGCGAACAAAUGCUACUUUACUCAAAGGGAAGCCUCAAAUGAACUCUGGGAUCUUUGUGGGGAUAUACGUUAGAGGUCAUGCAUGUUUCUGGUAGUCUUACUUAUUUAAUAUUAACAUUAAAAAAACCCUCUUUCCUGCCUAGGAGAGGAACUUUCAAAGAGUUAAACCCAAUUAAAACAUGCAGGUUUGCACUGUUGAGGUUUACAGGGAGCUCGUAUGCAUUGCUACUUGGAAGUAACUAUCAUUGAACUCGAUGGUGCUUAUCUCUAAGUAAGAGGUUUUCAGGAUUGCACCCUAAAUUAUGCACAGUGCUGGAAACCUCCAUAGCGUGAUAUUUAUUCCCAUUUGAACAUGAAACCUGAAAUUUCAGCAUUUAGUAUUAUUUGGAAUGCUGUUCUGAAAUCUCUCAUCCAGUUCUUUGUAAGUUUUCACCCUCUGCAAAAUGUGCCUCCAUUUUUCUGCCUCAUUCUCAGGGCACUUCAGAAUUCCAGUGGGUGCAGAGUUUUGAGCUCAUCUUACUGUUUCAAAAUGGCCAUGGGCGAUGAACAUGUCCUCUGCAGCCUCCUUGACUCCCAUCACUUCCUAAUCUGAAAAAGCUCCAGUGUUUUUGUGUUUUUUUAAUCACCGUUCUUCUUUGUUUUCUGCCUAGGUCGUCAGCUGGUCUACUUCAAGAUGGGCUCCACUUCCAUUGCAUCUGAUCAUGAGAAGACGACCUAUGUGAAAGUGAUCAACUGAAAGCUAGCCUGACCUACAAGUCCAAUUCUGUGCAAAUUUACCCAGAAGUAUCUCCUAUGAAGUUCAGCAAGGCUUACUCUCCAGUCGGCAUGCAUAGGAUUGCAGCCCUAGUUGCAAGCUAGUAAAAUAUGACUGCGGUCAGCACGCCAAUGUAGAGACUGCUGUUGUACGCAAAGAAACUGAGGAUGGAGGGGGAAUUGCACUAUAUCACUCCUUCUAAUCUGCAGAGCGUGAAAUCAAACCUUAAAAAGAAGAGACCAACAUGACCAGGACGAAUGUGCAAUAGGAUGACAUUUUUAAGAUGUGACUUGGAAGAAGCAGAAUGAAAUCCAAAAUGUGAUACACUGUGUGGCUAUCUAUAGGUUGCUAAAAAGGAGCAGCCACCUUUAGUGUGCUUUUCUCACUAUGUAUAGGGUUUGCGUAGGCUUUGGUUGGAAAUUCUUGUUCAUUUUCACAGUGAGUUUGGAACCUCCAGUUCAGAUAUUUAUACAGGCAAGUACAAUCACUGCAGCGUUGUUAAAAGCCUCAUUGAGUUCCAAAGCUUAUGAUGAAACCUCCUGGGAGACAAUCAGUACUUCUGUUCAUUGAACCAAAUAUGCAAGACCAAAAAUUAUGGUUGUCCUUGUGCGAUGGAACGCUAUAGCAUCUGUUAAAGUUGUCACACAUUUUUCCCUACACACAAAAAGCUUGCGUUAAGUCAGCUUAAAUGGAUAUAAAUCUGCAUUAUUUGACUAAGAGGGGGGAAAUGCAAUAGUUCAAAAAGAGGACAACUUUUUAAAAAGAUGAUACAUGUGCAUGUUGCAGCAGGCAUUGUUUUAGGGAAAACAAUCCUCCACUCUUAUGUAGGAGAGAACGGAAAUCUAAUUGGUUAGUUGACUAAAUGUUGCAAUCAGAUUAUCUACAGAGUCAAAAACAUAGCCAUUUUCCAGUUUAAAAUAAACUAGCAAGAUCAUUGUGAUGGAGGGAGGAAAAAGAGAGCCGCUUGCUACAGAGACCCAAUGCGUGUGCCUGUAAUUAAUCAAAUGGACACACUGCAUCUGUCUCUAUCAGUGCACCAAAUGGUGCCUCAGUCCUAACUGGCUAUUUACUUUUCCCAUACAAGUGAAUGGGAGCCAUGCUCUUGGAUAAAGUAGAAGGGUGUAAGACAGCAUUGAGGUUAGGAGCCAACCCUACCCCUUAUUGCUGUAUAAAGGGAGGAAGAUAUUGUCCCUGCCUCAAUCAGUUUUUGGCAAAUGCAUCCUGCUUGCAUUAUCCCAUAUCACUUAAUGGGAGCCAUUGACAAUCAAACCUGUCCUUACCUGCACAAUACUCUUGGCUUGAUCCCAAUAGAACAGGAUAGUGGAGUACAAAGAGGCAAAACCCAGGAACUGGUUUUUGAGUAAGCUGAUCAGCAGCUGUCUUAAUUUGAAAGCCUGUCCCAGUUUUGUUUGCUUAUCUCAAAACCAAUGAGUAGUAUCAUCUAGGUUCGUGUGAUAUUUCAUUACAUUGGGCUAACGCAGAUCGUUUGUGUUGGGUGAAUUUAAAAGGCUUGGAUAGUCAGGCUGAAAUAGUGGGCUUUCUUGGGGACUCGAUCAGGGCCAGCUCUACUGUUUGGCCCACUGAGACAGAUGCCUCAGGUGGCACAGAAUCUGCAGCCCCUGGCUAUUCCUCCUGAGCCUCCCCAGCCAUUCCACUUUGCUGCCACAUGGCCUGUUCCUCAUCAGACCCGCUACCUCAGGUGCAGCGAAGGCACUACUGCAUCACCCAGUUGAAGUAAGAUUCAGCUGCCUGUCAUGUUUGCUUCUGUAUGUAGAAUGCCACCCUGUACUCUGUCUUGGGCAGCAAAAUUCCCCAGGCCAGCUCUGACUCUGGAAGAUGUUCUGGAUUGCUGGUAUCUCCAAUGGAUAUGAUAGGAUUGCUCUAUAAUAGGGAUGGGAAACCUGUACUCCUCCAGAUGCAGGAGUUCAGCUUCCAAGGUAAUCUGUGGAUGGGAGUUUGAGUCCAAUGAUAGCUGGAGGUCCACAGGCUCCCUAUCCUCGCCCUCUAGGAAGCCAUGUAGAUAACUCAUGCUGACCAAAGUUCUGCAAAUGUACGUGUUCAGAAGAACACCUGAAGGAAAACAUGGCAUCUGAUUCGCGUAUGUCGCAUUGGGACUUCCACAGAGAAGUGUAUCCCUGACACACCAGCAGAGCCGCUAUUCAAAAAGCACAAUUUUUCAGUAGUUGCGACAAAAGGUGCAUUUCUGCCACUGGAUCUUUUGCAUUCUGAAGGUGCUGCUGCUUUCCUGUCUUUAAGAACAAAUAACCUUUGACAGCAAAUGAACCCGAGCCUUAAUAAAUGCAAUAGAAAUAGCAAAAUCUUUUUUUUUUAAUAGGCAGAGUGUGUCUAAAAAUAUGCUUUCAGUGAAAGCAAGCGAGAAAAUGUUUAAAAGUGACAAAUGUCAUACUGUUUUCUAGUUUGUACAUUCAGAAUCUUUUGUACUUUGGUUCUUAAAUUGUUUAUUUUUGUAAUAAAAAGAAAUGAAAUGGAUGGACUUGUUUUUUCCGCCACUGCUGUGAUUUAAUCUCAAUCCCUCUCUCCCCCCCCCACUCUCUUUUGUUUUUGAUCUUUGAUCCUUAUAACUGAUUUGUUCCAGAGCUGUAGAUUUGGUCUGAAGGUACCUUAGGCUGCCUCAUGCUGAAGCUAAGCAGGUUUGGGCCAGGUCAGUGCCUGGAUGGGUGGCCGGCUGGAACCACAUGCAUGCUGCCUGGGGUUCCAUGAUGGAAUACAGGCAGGAAAUCAAUAAAAGUGUCUUUGCUGUCUUUAAUGGAACACUUCUAUUCCCCUGACAGAGCUACAAUUCGCAGAAAGCUUUAAGAAUUAAUCCCUCUGCCCAGGGAACUCUGGAAAUGUAUAGUGGGGCUUGUAGUCAAUGAAGUUCUGCAAUGAAGUAUACUAAUGAACCUACGUUACACACUUAGCGCUUGGACUUAAAAUUGCCAACCAAAUGCUUUACUUUUCCGGUUUAUCACCACAACAGUUAUUCACACUGGGCUUCAGUAAAGCAAAUAGUUAGACAGUGCCUAUAUGAUACUGAGCGACAGAAUAAUUUGGCCACGAUAAGGAAAUUUUGUUUGUGGCAUGAUUAUUUUCCACCUAGUCAUUUUGACACGCUGGCACCCUAUUUGCAAAAUUUAACAAUUCCAAAAUACAGAUGUGCUUUCACUUACGCAAGAUUGAAUAUUCUGCCUUCAGCUGUACGUGAGGGUCAAUUUCAAAAGAUUCCGCUGGAAAAACGGUUAUGUCCACGUGGAGAUGGCAGUAUUGAGUCAGUGGCUCAUGUGCUUCUGGCUUGCACUCUUUAUAAAGAUUUGAGGAGGGUGUUUUUUUUACCCCUCUAUUGCCCAUGCCUGGUCGCUCAACCAUUGCUACUGUGUCCUUUCUUCUAGCAGAUCAAGAUAAUCAGGUGACAGUUAAAACUAAUUUUUUAGUAGGGGCUAUUAGGAUAAUAUCUAUUAUUUGAUUAUUCACGUAAACCUCCAAAAUGUAUUUUGGUAUAGUUUAAGUUUUAUUUUAUUGAUAUGUGGAAAUAAAGAUUCUUCUGAUCU